UUCGUUCCGCUGCCGAUAUGAGCGUUGCGCGCACGCGCGUUAGCGUUCCCGCUAGCGUUCCGCUGCGCGGCUGCGCGCCAAUCGUUAGGAUACGACGGCCUGAGCGGAGCGUACCCUGAACGUUCUGCUAAAUCUGUAUGUUAUAACCUUAUCUAGGAGGGUUAUCAUCAGCGCGGAAAGCGGCACGUUGCGCCAAACCCUGCUUCGUUUACGGCGGCCGCUAGUAAAAUGUCUGAAAAGAGAGAGGGAUGCGACGGCAGUGUUGCAGCCACAUCGCCUGCCUCUACAACAGCCAACGAAAGUGGAAGUGUGCAACCAGUCCGCGAUUUACCAGAAUCGCGAUUACUGUUCGAGACCACGACCAGCAGUUCAACUCUUCCAAAGGUGUCCGACGCAGACAUCGCCUUCGAUUACGUGGACAAGAUGUUGAAGGAAGACUUGCAUGAUCGGCUUCGCUCCUUCCACAGACCAUCUGCUACGAGUGAGGAGAGGUUGGCCGACUUCUUCAGGAUCUGGCGCAUAAAGAUGAUCAUGGCCAUGUGACGCCACAGAAGGGGAAUGACUCGAGCCUGUUAUCACAUACGUGUUUAUUGACAAGGCCUCCGUCCGGCAAGCAACAACUGUUGUCGCCAUAUGAAAUGCGCGCUCUGCCCGAUCAACCCUGGCCACGGGACUUCUUUUAUUAUAAUGAUUGCAUCUGUAAACCGGCAAUUUCGCCGAAAUAGGGUGAAUUGCAUUUCAGGGAAAUAGUUCAUGUUUUCAAAAAUCACGUUCUGGUGCUUAGUUCCUGAAAGUUUUCAUUGUUCCUUUAUAUUUAUUCCAGAAAGAACUGGCGGUAUUUUAUUAUAUAUGUAUAGUCGUUACAUUCAUGCGUGUGGUGUACACUGCAAGUGGGUCCUUUGAAUUGUAUGAUAAAUGUGUCAGUGUGCCUUGCCAAAUUGUUUUUAA